AUGAUAAGCAACGAUCCCCCGUCGCCCGUCUCACCACUGAAACCAUCCGAUGGACCCCCAGAAUCUCCCACUACUGCUCGACCCCUGGAUUUCGAUAGCGAUCAAGAGACAGGCACCAUCGAGACGGCUACAGCGCCCAAGACAGAGUUGCCUUCGCAGCCUAAAGUUCCCCCCAAAGACGAUGUCUCUGCACCACCAAAACCUCCCCGACCCAUGUCUCCGCGGGAACAGGCAGAGCUCACUCUGAAAGAAGCUUUUCCUACCAUUGAGAUCAGCGUCAUCCGCGCAAUUCUCACUGCAAGCAGAGGAGAGAUUGAACCUGCAUUUAAUGCCCUCCUUGGGAUGACGGACCCAGAAUCUCAGCGAGAACCAGAGCCUUUACCCCCAGCUAAACCUCCUCGUCCCGCUCGUCAGCAAUCUCCUACAUCUACAAAGCUUAGCCAACUUGAAGCAGAUGAGCUCUACGCGAGACAGCUGGCUCAAGAAUUCAAUAGUGGCGCUGGUGUUGACAGACAGCCGAGGCGUCGUGAAUCCGGGGGAAGAUACAACGAAAACUUACCAGGAUCAAGAGUAGGUCGGCCAGGGGCCAGCCCCAACCCUGAUGAUGUGCCGUGGCGGAGCUUCAUUGAUGACGAUCUUCCCGAGAUUCGUGAUAAUAUCCGGAAAGGUUUUGUGGAAACGCAGAAAACCGUGAACAGCUGGAUCAGUGCUUUCAAGAAGAAGAUCGACGGUGAAGACGACGAUGCAGAGUUUACUCAGGCUCAGCCACCUCUUCCUGCCCGACCAUCAGCACAAUCGCCCUUCACAGGCCGCCGAAGUGCCGAAAUGCGUCGUAGUGCAGACCUCCAACGCUACGACGCUGAUAUGCAGCCCAUUGGCGACGACUUUUCCAAACUAGAGCUCCGCGAUGGCGAUGCUCCGCCGCGCACAUCGAGUCGGCCAUUGGCUAAUCCGAAUCUCUUCCGUUCCGGAGGAGUUCAAGGACCAGAUCGUCGACCGUCGCCAGGCACGAAUCGAAAGGUUUCCUUCCAAGAUGGCCCGCCGGAGGAGAUUAGGGACAUGUACAGCGCCUCUCCCAAGCCUGCAGCGGGGUCGACGACAAAAUCGAGCAAAUGGCAGCCUCUACAAAGUAUCGAUCCGAGUCCUGUGGCGGAAAACGACCCAUUUAGCCUAGGUGACAGUGACGAAGAGAAGGAUGCCAAAGUGAUCACACUAAAGGAUGAUGAGCCAGAUAUCAAGAAGGAUGACAAGAAAGCCGAUGAUGAAGAGGCGAAGGAUAACAAGCCAACAGAAGCUGCAAUCAAGGAGAGUGUUGGAGCGGACUCGAAGUGA